AUGCUUAAAUUGCCUCUGCUGAACAUCUCCAGAUUGCUCCGUCUCCAUCAGAGCAUAUCCAACUUCUCAGCCGCCGCCGGCAGGUCGAGCCGACAAAUGUUUCAGCUGAAAUCCGACCCGCUUACCGGAAAAUCCGAGUGGAUCCUCAUCGAGGACGACGGAGGAGCAGACAAUGGGAAGAGACAAACAAGCCCAAAAGCCCUUCUUGCUACGACGUCGUAUCUUGACAUGCUGAACGAUAGCCGCCGCAACAGUGCUUUUAAUCGGGCCAUUGAGAAGACCGUCACUAAACCCUGCCAUGUUCUUGAUAUUGGUGCAGGAACAGGUUUACUGUCAAUGAUGGUGGCUCGGGCCAUGGGCUUUUCUUAUUCGAGUGGGAGCUUUACUCCAACUCGUAUGGUGACAGCUUGCGAGGCGUACCUUCCCAUGGUGAAGUUAAUGAGGAAGGUUCUCAAGGCCAAUGGCUUGGAUGGCAAAGUACGCAUCAUAAACAAGAGGUCAGAUGAGCUGGAAGUUGGCUUGGAUAUCCCUUCACGUGCUGAUAUUCUUGUUAGUGAGAUCCUGGACUCAGAGUUAUUGGGUGAAGGUCUAAUUCCAACUCUGCAGCAUGCACAUGACAAACUAUUAGUGGAAAAUCCCCAAACAGUACCUUACAAGGCUACAACUUAUGGUCAGCUCGUUGAGUGCUCAUAUCUUCGGGAGAUGCAUGAUUUAUUGAGUAGAGAGACAGAAGCAUCGGAUGGAAUUUUUCUUGUUCCAAGUGGGAUGGCUGAUCUUUUAGGUGUUAAACAGCAACAACUAGCGAUGCAUUGUGAUGCAAUUGAGAAAGAAAUCAAAUUGCUGUCAAAGCCCUUCAAAGUUUUCGAUUUUGACUUCUGGAGAAGGCCAGAAAGUUUUCGUGAAACUGAGUUGCAGAUAAAUGCUACAAAUGAUGGUACUGUUCAUGCUAUCAUUUCAUGGUGGUUGCUUCAGCUUGAUAGUGAAGGAACAAUCUUCUAUUCUACUGCACCAAAUUGGCUAGAUCAAGAUUCUUCUAAAGAGGAGUUAAAAUCAUCUCCUCCUGGAUCUAGGAGUUGGUGUGACCAUUGGAAGCAAAGUGUUUCGUUCACCCUAAGCUCUGGUCUGCAUGUGUUUAAAGAUCAAGAGGUUCUGUUACAUGCUGUCCAUAAUGAAACGAGCAUCUCAUACGAAUUCAAGUGUUCAGAUGAAAAGAAAGAGGUCGCACAUAUUGACCCCUGCAUCCAGGACAAUAAAAUUGUUCUGACUCCAGAAAGAAUUGCUUUAUAUGGAACUAGAAGUUGGAGGAGUUUAAUGCUUGAAGCUGUUGAGAAAGCUUUGCAUCAGAUAGUAGAUCCCUUAUGUUUAGUUGCAGAUGAUAGCAUUUUCUUGGCAAUUGCCGUGGCCAGUGUUUCUAAGAAUGCACGUGUCAUUCCAUCUUUUCCCGGACUUGGAAAGAAGGGUUUGAAAUAUCUACAAAGAGUCUCUGCAGCAAAUGGUUACACUAUGGAUCGUGUGCACACAUUAAAGGACUUGCAUCCGACCCAGCAGGAUUCAAGAAUGAUUAACUUAUUGAUUGCUGAGCCAUUCUAUUAUGGAAACGACAAUGUGCUUCCCUGGCAAAAUCUGCGGUUUUGGAGAGAAAGAACUUUGCUUGAUUCCAGUCUAUCAAAAGAUGUGCGCAUUAUGCCUUGUAGAGGAUUGUUAAAAGCUUGUGCUGUGUACCUCCCUGAUUUAUGGCAAAGUCGACGUAGCCUUCAAGCAAUAGAAGGAUUUGAUCAUACGAUGGUGAAUACCACAUUAGGGGCAUGUGGAGAUUUGCCUUUUGCAGAAGAAGAUGGUCCAUUUUUGCCUGUCUUUUACUGGCAGUGUGGGGAGAGUAAGGUACUCUCUGAGACAGCCACUGUCUUGGAGUUUGAUUUCUCAAAACCGAUGAGCCCAUGUACCAAAAAAACUCGGGUUCAAUUUACAGAAGUUGGAGAGUGUCACGGUUUUGUUCUUUGGAUUGACUGGAUUGUGAAUGAGGAGGACCAUAUCAUUUUCUCAACAGGGCCAGAUAAAAGACACUGGAAACAAGCUGUGAAGCUUUGGAAGAAGCCUGCUGAGGUUAGACCCGGUAAUUUAUCCUCAAUGGAGGUUGAAGCAUUUUUUGAUCCAUCCAACGGUGAACUCAUCUUGAAACAUGAAUUCUUGACAUAG